GCAGCCUCGUUAGGCUGGUUUCAUCCUCUCAUGGACUGGAUGCAGCCUUGUUGUGGCUUCUUCUUCACUCAUGAUGUCCCCGUCCUCCACCACAACUUCACGCGCAGCUACCCAAUUAAAAGGAUCGAUCUUGGAGGCCAACCUUCAAGGAACUAGUCUCUUAUUGUUGUUAUAUGACAUGAAUCAAGCUCUGUUUCUUAUCUUUUGACAUCCACCGUGUCCUCAACCUUGCAAGGUUUGUUCCUUUUUUCUCUCUGUUCAUAAUCAUCAUCGAGCAAAACAUAAUUAUGGGUUGUUUUCUGAGAAAAAAAAACAUUAGCUUGGACUUGAUGCCUGAUGGGCUGUUUUCUGACAAAAUAUAAUCAUGGGCUUCUUAGUUAUUUAUUAGGGUUAGGUUGUUAGAUAUCAGUGUAUAUAUGUGUUCAAUAUCACGUAGUUAUCUUAUAUUCUAAAGGGAGAGGCUUCCAAAUUGUUAUUGAAUUCAAAGAUCAUCCUCUUUUCUAUCAUAGUGAGUAGUAUUUUUAUUUACUUUAUUUUACAUCCGCGUUUGUUUUAAUACUUUGUUAUGUUUUCAUGAAUAUAUAUAGUAUUCUUUGCAUAAUGUUCUUACCAUCCCUGUUGUACUUUGUGAUUAGUUACCUUCCAUACAAUGGGAGAUUCCCAAGAUGCAAAAGGUAAGGGUCAAUAUCAUUCAUGGUCUGGACCUGAAAACAGAUUGUUAUUACGCUCACUGGUGGAUGCGAUCAACAAUGGUUUCCGUGAUGCUAGUGGUAAAUUCAAUAAGCUAACUUUCGAGACAAGAGUAUUAUCAGUUCUACGCCAACAACUUGGAUCGAAGAAAACAUAUGGCCACUACAAAAAUAGGAUGAAGAUCCUGAAAACCAGGUACCAUAAUUUGACAGAUUUUCUUCGUUGUAACUCUGGUUUUGGGUGGGACCCUGAAACAAACAAGUUCACAGCAGAUGAUGAAGUAUGGAAAGUCUAUUUAAAGGCUAAUCCCAAUAAUAAAUACUUGCGUGAUGAUUCAUUUGAAGAUUUUGAGGAGUUACAAAUGAUAUUUGGACAAAACACUGCAAGAGGGCAGAAUGCUGUGGGGUUAGGUGAUGAUGUUAAUCCUUUUAACUCUCAAAUUGAAGACAGUGAGAGGGCAAAUGAUAUAAGUUUUGUCGAGAUGAUGAAUAGUGGAGAAGAUAUAAUACACCAACAAGGUUAUGAAAACGUAGUUUUUUCUUCAUUAGAAAAAAGUACGGGAGAAAAACUUCCCCUAAGAAAGAAAGCCAGAACUGAUUCUUAUUUAGAUAAGGCUUGUGAGGAGGUGACAGAAAUCAGUAGCCAAAUCUUUGGCAUGAUACAGAAACGAUGGGAAAAAGAAGAUGAAGAGAAAGAAGCUAAGGACAAAGCUAACAAUGUGUGGGAUGCUAUCAACGAAAUUCCUGAUUUGGAUGAUGAUUUACGGUAUGAAGCUAUGACUCUUGUUCACAGUUUAGGCAUGAAAUCUGGAUUCGUGAAGAUGUCUGUAGCUGAUCGUCGUGGAUGGAUAAAACAAAAUCUUCGUAAACAAAGUUGAUGAGGUUCAAUGCAUUGACAAAGGGUUGAAGUGUUAUGGGUGAUUUUUCCAUUUGUGGAGCUUUUCAGUUUUCUUAGGUUUUGAGUUUUUAUUAUUACUUUUAGCAAAUUGCUAUGGUUCUUUCAUUGGUUUAGCAACGAUUCAAUGUUUUUUUUAUUUAUUUAUCUAGUUUCAGAUCAUUAAAUAAAAUAUUUUCUGCUCCUACAAAAAUGCUUUUUCUUGAAGAAACGUAUAGAUAUCAUUAUAAGGUUUACUUACACCAACAAAGACUCUGUUUUAAUUUGGCGGUCAAAUUUGGCGGUGGGAUGGUUGUUACCUUUACCUUUAUUAAUUUUAUUUGACCUUAUCAAUUUCUUCGCUAUCUUGUUUCUCAACAAUUCAGAUGUUUAGAUUUUGUUAUGCUUGAUUUGUUCCAAUAUCUUUAUGUUGUUACCAUAUACAGCCGAAGAAUCUAGCAAAUAAAUAACAAAAAAAAAAAAAGAGAUUUCCUUAUGAAGUGGAUUUCUUAAACCAACAAAGGUUGUGUUUUAAUUUGGCGGUCAAAUUUGGCGGGUGGAGUGAGGGUUACAUGUACAUUUAUUUGUCCUCAUCCUUCUAGAGAAAGAAGAGUGUUCUCUCCGCCGCUUUGCUUUCUUGUGAGUUUAUGAAUGAUUUUUGUAUCAUACUUUCCAAAUUACAAUUAUAUAAUUUUUAAUGAUUUCUUGUGUAGGGGGGAUAUACAAUGAAUCAUGUUGUGUAUGCAAGUGAAGAGGUACAAGCUAGGAAGAAAAGAAAGAAGAUGGCAAAUUUUAAAACAGAUGUUGAUAUUAUGAUCCUGGUUUUGUCCAUCAUCGCAAAGAUCCGGUAUUUGACUUCGCAGAUUUUGCAAAUACAACACCCAAUUAGAAGAUCAACUACAAGACUUGGACAUGAAUACAUACAAAAUGCAUUGGUUGAAGAUCCUGCUCAUUUUCGACAUUUAUAUCGUAUGUAUCCGGAUGUUUUUCUGAAGCUAUGCUCUAUUAUUAGAGAACGGAUGGGAGUAAAAGAUACAAGAUACGUUUCAGUCGAAGAAAUGUUGGCCACAUUUCUGUUUAUUGUUGGUCAAAAUUCAAGAUAUAUUCAAGCUCAAGAUAGAUUCAAGAAGUCACGUUUCUCAAUAAGUAGGAGAUUUAAUACAAUUCUCAAGGUAUUAAAUGAACUUGCUUCAAGCUAUAUAGCUAAACCUGGAACUACAGUGCCUCCAAACAUAAGAGACAGCACAAGGUUUUAUCCUUACUUUAAGGUAAAUAGUUUUUUUUUUGGUAUUCUUUAGGUGUAAUUAAAUUUUAACACUGACUUCAUAUUUUUCUUAGGACUGCAUUGGAGCUAUUGAUGGUACACAUAUUCUUGCAAUGAUAACUGGAAAAGAUUCAUCUAGUUAUCGUAACAGAAAAGGACAACUAUCUCAAAAUAUUUUAGCUGCAUGUAACUUUGAUUUAGAAUUCAUGUAUGUUCUUAGUGGAUGGGAAGGCUCAGCUCAUGAUGCAAAAGUAUUACAAGAUGCUUUAACAAGAAGUAGCAACCGACUAAAAGUUCCAGAAGGAAAGUUUUAUUUGGUCGAUUGUGGAUAUGCUAAUCGUCGUAAUUUUCUAGCUCCAUAUUGAAGUACCCGUUAUCAUCUUCAAGAUUUUAGAGGACAAGGAAAAGAUCCGGUAAAUCAAAAUGAGUUGUUCAACCAUCGUCAUUCAAGCUUGAGAAAUGUGAUAGAGAGAAUUUUUGGCAUCUUUAAAUCUAGAUUUCUCAUCUUCAAAUGUGCACCACCAUUUCCGUAUAAGACGCAAGCAGAGUUAGUACUUGCAUGUGUUGUUUUACACAACUAUCUUCGUAAGGAAUGCCGUUCAGAUAUGUUUCUUCCUGAAGAAGUAGUUGUUGAAGAAAGUAGAGAUGAAGAAGAAGGCGAAGAGGAGAACAAUGCUGAUGAAAAUUUUCAAGGUACUCAAGAACAACAAAGAGUGAAUGCUAAUAAUUGGAGAGCAAAUAUUGCAGCAACUAUGUGGGCAGAUGCUACACAUAUGUAAUCUUGAUUGCAACAACGUUUUUUUUUUCUUAUUUUUAGACUAUUUCUAAUGACAAUUAUUUAGUUUCCACAAAGAAAAUAAUAGCUGGCAAAGAGAAAGUCAUGUUUUUUUCACCGGUUUGGCAGUAAGCUCUGAGUCACAAGUCUUUUGUUGAUUUUCAUAAAAUUAUGGACAUAAACUUUUUUUGAGUGUUUUCCCCUUGAGAUUACUAAAAUUUUCCACUGUGUUUCAUUUAGAAAGUAUGUAUACGUCAUAGUGAUGGCAACACCAAUUGUUAGUGGGAAAAGGGAGAUUGUUGUAGACAGAUAAUUAGAUAAACAUAUUAGUAUCAUUAUAAAUGACAUGUCACCUCUAGCGAUUAACUUUUAUUGCUGAACCUUGUUAGUGCCUUCCAUUUGGUGAAACAUGAGCAUGUUGCAUAUAUACCUCUAUAUUCCUCAGUAGCUAAACUCUUUCAAUUUCUUCAUGAUGGUGAGUAUCCAGAAGCGGUAAUAUCUGAAGAGCCUAAAGGGUAUAGCAGUACCAACCAAGACAAUGGAAUUGUGCUAUUGCAGGAAAUGAAGUAAAGAACUAAAAGCAUUGAGCAAGCAGUUGUUAGGGAAAAGAAGAGGCUUGGAAAGCAGAGAAGAAGCGCUCUUGGCACAGAAGCAGAGACCGCAGGCUGUUUGAAGAGAUGGAACUUGAAAACAAAUUCUCGGAUGAAAUCAGACAGCCUAGAUCACCUGCAAUAACUGAAGCUAGAAAUGGUUCAUUGAUGAAAGACAUCCCACUCUAUAAGAUCAUCAUGAACAAAGUAUCUAAUCAGACCAUGGAAGCUAACCUACACAGAUGAAUAUGGAGCAUAAUGAUGAAAGAAAAGGGAGAUGUCAUUACCACGAUGCAAGCUAGGGACAGGUUACCACAAACAAACACAACAUAAAUCAACUAUUUCAGAAACACUGAUUAAUCAAGAAGAGAAAGAUAAGCUAGCAUCCACACUCAUGAAUACAAAAGGGAAAAAAAGUGAACUUUGAAAUGUAUUCUUGUGUUCACAUGAUUAGAACUAUCAAUACUAUUAAAAGGAAAGGAGUUUUAAUAAAUCUACUUAAAAAAGUUGUUUGGACUCUUUUAUUUUUUAUUUUUUUGGACUUCUCCUAUAUAUUAUAACAAUAUGUGACAAGAUAUUUUACCUAUAUAUAAGCGAUUUUUACUCUAACUAUCAAAUUGGAUACAUUAUUAUUUAUUCUUAACCAUUUAAAUCAUCGAUUGCUAAACCACUCUACCCAAACAAAAUAAAUUACAUGAACCAAAACCAAAGCACAACCUAUUAUAACAUAACUUUAUCGAAAUAUUCAUUCCUCCACUUAUAAAAACAUCGAAAUAUUCAUUUUACCCGCAAGGAGCAUAGUACCAUCAACUACACAAUUAAUUUCUAACACAGAUAAACCCCAAAUUAAUAAAACCAAAAAGUUAAACAUAAUUAAAUUGAGACCCACAUUAAAUUUAAAAAUAGAAUAAAGUCCAAAUACUUAAGAACAUAACUUGCAAAAAUAUAUGUGAAUAAAACAUUCUUUUUAAAAUAUAACUUUUAAUAAUGGAACAUAUGUCUCUGAUACUCUUAUAAAAUAGUAAAUUGUAGUUUAGAUUUACAUUAUAGAUACUUUUAUAUAAAAAAAUUAAAAAUAUUCUAAUACUUGGUUUUAUAAUUGGUAGUUUGAUUGUUAAUAGACAUACAAUUAAAUGUAACAUAAAUCGUUACUAAUAACACUAUAUUUAUCUCAGUUUUAAAUUGUUAUACUAUUUUUACACACAAAUGAAUCUUCAAACAAAUUUCGACCAAACUUCAAAAAUGCAAACGCGUGAUCUAAUUUCAUACAAAUUAAUUGUGCUUACGCAAAUGACAUAUAUAUUAGUGAUAUAAUCUUCAAAAUUAUAUGAUUCAAACCCUAAAUUUCAUAAUUAUGAAAAGUAAAACAAAAUCAAACCCGCGCUUUCAAGCGCGGGUCAAAAUCUAGUACGUACUUAUUUCAUAGAUCUGCGUAUUUGAGAAUUGAUUUUCUCAACAGUGGAGAAAAUAUUAUGAGUUAAAUAUUAUUAUUUCAAAUCACCUAAAGAAUUCUAAAAUUUUCAGUAAAUAUCUUGCCAAAUCACCUAAAUAAUUCUAAAAUUUCCAGUAAAAUUUUAUUUUAAUUUUUAAUUUUUUACAAAAAUCUGUCAAAUCACUUCAAAACACACCUAAAUCUCACCAAAAUUUAAACACUCCAAAAUCUCCCAAACCCCUUAAUUCAAUACACCCCCCCAAAGGAAUUUUCCUGAAAAAUAACAUAAAUGUUCUUUAUAGUGGUCUUGGAUAUUUGCAUGAUUUUAGUAUCAAGUUGGCAAAUGGGGCUAAAGGCAAUGGAUUCGGGUAUCACACAUCAAACGGACUUCGUUUGGGCAUGUCCCAUAUCUAAGGUAUCGGGUUUAUUCAGUUAAUAAAAGCCUCUUCGAAUAUUAGCAACGUCAUCGAGCGCAGAAGCUAAUACCAACCUCUCCCAAGUUUUAUGUUUAAGAACAAAAAUUUAAAGUUGGGUUACAAACAUUGCAGAUGGAACGCAAAUGAAUGAAAGCAUGGUACUAAGAUUUAUAUGUAUAUAGUAGAGAUUCGAAGUAUAAAAUUUGAAAAAAAAUUUGUACCUGUUGUGGGAAGUUUAGAACAUAUGCGCUGAGAUCCUAGCUUGGUUUAAAAUGGCGCAUGGCGAGGUGAGGCGAUGAGUGUCUCGCCUCUCGCCUUACGCCAUGGCGACACAAAGCGAGCGCUUUGUGUGUGAAGGCAAAAAAUAUAGUGCAAAAAUAUAGGUAUAGAUAGAAUACAAGUUUAGAACCAAAGUGCAAAACAGAGUACUUACUAGUGAACAAAAAUAUCAGGAGAAACGUCAAACAUCAAAGCCGUGAAAUAGAGAGAAGAACAAUAGCACAUGGAACCCUAACUUUAAACUUAAGUUACGGUAUAUAAGACUAACUUAGGGUUUGAAAAGGGCUUUUAUGUGACGCCAAAGAUGUGUUACAAAUCUAACUCAAUUUAGCAGUUUAAAUUUGGCAAACCAAUUCAGUUUGACUUAAAACCAAAUAACGCGUCGCUUUAGGAGCCUUAGGUUUAGUAAGAAAGCGUAGAAAGCGCUCGCUUUAUGUAAGUUGCCACGCCUUGAGGUGCUGAGGCGAUGAGGA